UGUCCGUUUCCCAAUUUCCAACCCGGAUUACAUUACUCUCUGUAACAGCUCAGCUCUCCCCACACCGCCGCCGCCGCCGACGACUCCGUCAAAACAGAAAAGAGAGCGAGCAGUUCUCGAACUGGAACCACAAUCAAAACCAGAGCAUGGACGCCGCCAAGCAGAAGCGUCCGAAGCCGAGACUGGACCGCCGGAACGCGAUCAAGAACAUUGACUACGACGCCGAGCAGCGCUCCCCUACUCCCCGAACCCGCUCUCUGGAGCUCUCUCCUCUCUCCCACAACCAAACCAGCUUCCGCGUCAGAGGCAUCGAAGGCGAAUUCGACCUCAUCUGCCAGAGCCUCGGCCUCUCCGGCCCCGAAGACUUCUCCAUCCCUCUCGCCGCCUGGGAGGCCCAGCGCGCCCGCUCCUCCUCCGACUUCACCCCCCGCUCUCGCCUCCACACCUCCUCAAUCGACGCCGUUCCGGAACCUAAGGCCGAGCCCCAAUCAGGCUCCAGAGUAAAAUUCGGCGGCGGAGGAGGAGGAAUUAGAGGUGUUCGACCGCCGCCGGUUGUGUUGAAAUCUUUCGCUCCUCCUCCGCCUGUUUCCGCCGGUGACGUCAGCUCCUCGGAUGAGGAGGACGCUGUGACGCCAGCGGAUGGUGGAGGAGCGGGAGGUGAGGUGAGGUUAGGACAAGGAAAUGAGGUGGCUGAGUCUGUGUCCUGCGGCUCGUCGCCGUCGAAUAAUGAUAGUGAUGAGUUUGGUGUUGGCAUUGCUGUGAGGGUGGAGGCAGCUCAUAGUAUAUUUUCUCCCAAUGGCAAGUUCAGAAGGAGUGUUUCGUCUUCGUGGCAGAGGGGUCAGCUUUUGGGGAGUGGUUCGUAUGGAACUGUGUAUGAAGGCUUUACUGAUGAUGGAUUCUUUUUUGCUGUAAAGGAGGUUUCUUUACUUGAUCAAGGAAGCCAGGGAAAGCAGAGUCUUUUACAACUUGAGCAGGAGAUUCAUCUUUUAAGUCAGUUUGAACAUGACAACAUUGUUCAAUAUCUUGGCACAGACAAGGAUGAGUCUAAGCUCUAUAUCUUCCUUGAGCUUGUAACAAAAGGAUCACUUGCAAGCCUCUAUUCAAAGUAUCUCUUGAGGGAUUCCCAAGUCUCUGUGUUCACAAGGCAGAUUUUGAGUGGCUUGAAAUAUCUCCACGAUCGUAAUGUUCUCCACAGGGAUAUCAAAUGUCCUAAUAUAUUGGUGGAUGCAUGUGGAUCUGUGAAACUUGCAGAUUUUGGUUUAGCUAAGGCAACCAAAUUUAACGAUGUGAAGUCUUGCAAAGGGAGUGCUUAUUGGAUGGCCCCAGAGGUUGUUAAUAGAAGGAAUCGUGGAUAUGGGCUUGCAGCUGACAUAUGGAGUCUUGGAUGUGCUGUGCUGGAGAUGUUAACCCAGCAGCCUCCGUACUCUCACCUGGAAGGCAUGCAAGCAUUAUUUCAGAUCGGAAGUGGUCAACCUCCUGCAGUUCCUGAUUCCUUAUCCAGUGAUGCAAGAGAUUUCAUUUUGAAGUGUUUACAAGUUAACCCAAACAACCGGCCUACUGCAGCUCAGCUCUUGGAUCAUUCAUUCUUGAAAAGGCCUUAAAUUUCCUCUGUCCCUGCUUCUCCCCAUUCCAUCCGUUUGCGUUCCUGAGACCUCUCAAUCUUUGAUGGUUAUUUGGUAUUAGAUAGAGAAAUACAGAUCCUUCAUGUUCCAACUUUCUUGAAUGCUGGUGGUGGCCUUGAUCUACAUCAAGCCAUAAUAGAUCAUAGCAGCCGAAAAGUGAUGUUGGGAAGGAGAAGUUAUUUUCCAGCAUUUUGACGAAGUUGUGAAAACAACACGGUGUGCAUAUGAAAGUGGUGUUGAUCUACAUCAAAGCCAAAAUAGAACAUAGCAGCGCAAAGUGAUUUUGGAAAGGAUAAGUUAUUUUCCCCGUCCUUUUCACGACCUCGUGAAAAGGACAGUUGAUGUGCAUAUGAAAGUGCUGUUGGUCCUCCUGUGGUGGAAAACUUGACUAUUGACUCUUCUAAGAAAAGGAAGAUGAACCUCAAGUGUUUAAUGCCUCUGGAUCAUCUGCUCGAUAUUUGACAUUAUUCUUUAUUCCGUGAUCUGUCAAUGUGAUUAAAAAUCAGUGCGUGCUGCGGAGCCAAUAUUGCAGGCAUAUCAUGGUUACUUGCAGAUAUGAUUACAGGGUAUCUUUGGUGAAUCUGAGAAGAGUCCCAGUCAUGCCGCCGAAUCCAACUGCCAUAUGGAAUCGUAGGGAAACUUGCAUAUUGUUUUCUUUCAUGUAAAUCAAUCUUGUAGAUGAUCAAUUUCAUGUGCAAUCACGCUUGCUUAGAAGUUUUAUGUAAUUUAUGUACAUAUGCAAUGAAUAGACUUUCCGAUAGGGAGAACAAGUACAAUGCUGUUUGGCUCAAAUCCGAAGAUUCAUUUCCCUUGU